AUGUUUGAUUCUGGCUGGGAUGAUGCUUUUGGAGAUGAUGAUGAGUGGCGCGAGAGUGGCGCGAGUGAGAGUGGCGUGAGCCAGAGAGGCACACAGCCAUCCGAUCAGGGUUGGGAAGAUGUCUUCGAGGAGAGUGUCAGUGUAGGAGCAAGAAGCAGUUAUGUUCCCUCACUGGGGGAAGACGCAGUCACGAAACGGAAGCGUGGAAGACCAAAGGGAACAACUGGCAGUGCCAUGCUACGGAAUGCACGGGCUCAAUACAUGGCUCAAGCGGCUCAAGCCGAAGCCGAACAGCCACGGGAGAACCCAAAAGCAGCAGACUUUUUACCUAGAGCCCGUGCUCACAAGGCACGGAAAAGACAACUUCGCUUGGCAGCGGCGCGUGGCGCCGCUUUGUCCACUGGUGCACCGGCAAAUGCUGAAUUCCAGGUUGAUCCUGGGUCCGAUGUGGUUUUGGCACCAGCUUUGUUGCAAAAGACAUCGCCGUUCUGGACAGGGUUGAUCGAGAUUAGCCAUGAUUCUGGGAGCCCUGUUCAGACUGCAAUUGUCUUGGCCGCAAAAUUCAGCAAAGAACAUGGGACUGGCGCCGUUGAUCCUCGCAUAGAACUGUGCUUCAAACCAGGAACACCAUUGAUGACGCAUGCUGCGAAAGGCAGCCUUUUGCACAUGAGCUCUGACAAAUCUGGUCAAAGCAAGUUGUAUUGCAUGAGUCGUAUACCAUAUUUCUCGCAAUGCGCUGCUUCUGCAGCCACCGAAGCAGGUUGCUUGAUGUGGGGCCGCUUUCUGCAGCAAGUUGAGUCAAUGAUUUCCAGCGGCCGCUUUCGUGGUGUGACGCUGAUUGUCAAAAGGCGGUAUGAUGAAACACCGAUGAAAUUGCGCUUGAGCCCUGGACAGACUGAGCAAGGGCUGCAGGCCCGAAAGCAGAAGCAAAUGGAGACCUCUACACAUGCAAAACUGCUCCAAUCAGAGAUGGCAUUGAGCAUGCUGUUGCAGGAAGUCGCAGAAACAUCCAAGCCUCGGUUCUUGCAAAUCCAAGGUCAAGUGCCUUGCAAUCUCCAAAUUAUACAAUCCAACACAGGCGAGUGCUUGAAAGCUGCUACGCUGCAGCAUCUUCAAUGUUUGCCAGGCUUGGACAAGACUUACCAGUAUUUCGAUUGGGUGUUGCAGCAGUCCUCUGUUGACCAGUUUGGUGCCAACGAGAGAGCAGAAAGAAGCCUUCUCCACGACAAGAUGCAGAAAGAAGUCGUUGACACUGCUGACCCGAUGCGUGUGAGCAGAUUCAGCAAAUAUACGAAAUUUUGCGAUGUACACAUUGCAGCAAAUGUGCGAAAGAGCAUGCUUUCUUUGGUUGAAAGCGAUAUUAGCGGUAUGAUUUCCUGCGGUUUGUGCCAGCAUGGUGCCGGCGAUCUUCACACUUUGAGGGGCAUCUUGCGAGAAGUCAUCAAGGAAGAACUUCAGAUAUGCUAUGACAUGCCUCCAAAGGAAUGCUCAGCCCACCGGGAAACUGUUUAUGAACUUUUCCUACCAUGGCCAAAGCAGAAGCAGCAAAAGCAAAGGUCAUCAGCGUGCUCCGUUGCCAUGAGGCGUUAUGUCUUGGGUACAAUGCUCAAUGGGGAUAUCAGCGAUGAGUCAGCAAUCCAUCACUACUGUCCUAUGAACUGCUGCCAGGAUGAACGACAUUGUCUUGACAAGAUGAUGUCUUGGGUUGUGUGGGCUCUUAUUCCCACAAAGACCCCGAGAUAUACUCGUGGAAAGUGGCUUCAGCAAAGCCCUUGUUUGAAUUGGUGUGGACUCCUUGCCUGCCACCAUGGACUUCUUCAGAAAGUGAUGCUUCGCUUCACUGGUUGUCCUCAAGCUGCCCCACAAACCCAGUUCAAAGAGGAUCAGGAGGACAAUCGGGCAGGAUGGGACUUUCUGGAGGACUUGGGCGACUUGGGGUCAGGCGGAGGACCGGCAGCCACAUCAGUUCCAACAGCUCAUGAGCAGGCUCAGGAAGCAGGGGGCAAUGAACAAGAGGACUGUGAAAAUGAGAACGAGCAUGAGAUUGGUGCUGCCUUCGCUGAUGGUGAAGCAAACAAUACAAACCAAGAGUCAGAGACCUUAUCAUCAACAGACUGGCAAAUUAGAAACAAGCAAUACAAAAAGAAAGCUGGCUUGUGGUCGCAAUCCAACCCUGGACCCCGACUUGCUGUGGCGGCUUCAAUAUUGAAUGUUUCGAACCGUUUGCUGCACGCAUUUCUCCACAUCAGUUCUGAUGAAUGGGAGAGGCGGGAAGUGCUGAAGGAGGCUUGUGGAGGGCAUCGGAGCUUCCGCUUGCUGGUAGCAGCCAGGAAUGAAGACUCCAAAGUUUGUUUACGCUCCUUGGGUUCGUUGCUAAAUCAAGCAAUUGGUGGCAUUUCUCACAAAUGCAUGACCGGCUACAUCCGCACCCUCGCUUUCAGGUUGAUCUCGCGCAUGGGAUGUGCGCUCCAGGCUCAACUAUGCAACCCACGAAGAGGAGAGCCUUAUCAGACGUUCUUGAAGCUUGGGGAAGAAGAGAUUUCGCGAGAAAGCCCCCAUUGUAUGAGAGAUGAAUUCACAGCAGCUUUCAGAGAUAGGUAUGGUCCGGAGAUGAAUUCAGAAGCAUUUGCAGUUCUUGAAUCCGUAGCAAGACAAGUUGAUCUAGAUAUUGCCCAGCUGGAAUCCAAACAUGCUGCUAUACGAAGGCUGGUUUACACAAAAAACGUGCAGACCUGGGUGCCCGAAUUCGCUAUCGUUGCAGCAGAGAGGUUGUGCCGUGACACAGCUAGAAUCGAAGAGGAGUGGCGCACACAUUCACACGUUGAAGAUGAUGACGCAGCUCGACAUCAAAACAAAGCUGGUUCUGCGACCUCAACACCAACAACAAAGCAAACAAAACCAUUGAAAAAGAUUGGUGGUGGUGCGUGGCGUGUUUACAUACAUUUGCAACAUUCUGGAGAACGCUUCACUUUGGAGACGGUCAGAAAGCUGCGUGAUGGCUAUCGAAAUCUUUCAGACACAGACAAAAAACACUUUGAGGAUUUGGGCCGUUUGGCACACAUUUCUUGGCAGCAUGGCUACAGGCCUUUCCCUGCGCCAGAACGCAGGAAGCAACAGCAACAGCAACAGCUCUUAGAUGCGCCUGCGCCCGUAGGGAGUGUUCUUGAAGACGGAACCAUCGUCAUGGCAGACUCCACCAAUCCACAGUCCCUCCAGAAAGUUUCACUUAUGUCGCUUUCUCUCAGGGAUUUUGAUGCAGAUGUCAAACAAAUUCGGCAGAGCUUCCGCAAAGCAGCCCAAGAGGAGAAGAAACAAUUAGCUGAAGACAAGGCUUUACUGAAGCGACAUUCGCGAGAGGCCUUGCAAGCCAUGCCCGAGUUCUUCCCACGCGUUCCGCCACUGUCAACUUUUGUUGGAGGUGCCUCAAGCUCUGAAGCAGCAGAGGCACUGGGAUCAAAGAACAAAUCAGCGAACGAGAUGUCUCUCAAAGCAAAGCUGAUGACUGCAUGGGGAAAGCGCUCUGACCUUAUCCAGCACCAAGACGGCUCCAUUCGCUUUGACAAGACAACUUUGACCCGAAUGUACAAAAGAUCAGUUUGCAUGAAGCAAGGAACCUGUGUGUGUAGAUUGAGCCAUCGCUCCAAGCAAGAAGCUUUCCAGAUAUUGCAGCGAUUGAUCCAGCGCAUGAAAGUUCAUUUUUGGAGUAAGAAGAAGGAGAAGAGUCCAGCGCGGCUUCUUUUGGAAGCGGGGUUUGUAGUCUUGAAGCUAGAGCCACAAGGUAGCGAAACUGAGGGAGAGGGUGAAGUAGAGGCAGAGUCUUUCUAUUUCCACAUCGGCUACAUCAACUUCAAAACGUGGCGGAUGGCAUGGUCACAAUUGGUAGAAAGAGAUUUCGCAGAGGACGAGAAGCAUCUAGUCACGCAGCGACCUGGAAUCUUGCACUUGCAACAUGUGCGCUGUUUGGAAGGACAAGAUCGCAGAAUCAAUCCUGAUACAUGGUUCUCAAUGCCUCUGGAAACAUUGCCCUUUUGUUUGAAUUUUGGUAUCAAGUACCAGGCUUCCUACCACCGUUUGUUGGAUGAUGAUGUGCUGUUGCCCAACGAAGAGAUGAAACCUGGCUAUGUAGAAAUCCAGAAGCUUGAAGAUGUCCCAGCUGAAGUUCUUUGGCUUGGCUCAGAAGCAGAGGCGGCCGUACGUGGCCAGACCAAGAUUAAUAAGACGACCAAGACAAAGGCCCAAAAAACAGAGGAAAAGAAAUACAAUGAUGCUGAGGGAGGCCCUUUUGUUGACAUGACAAGUUCGGAGAAUGAUGAUGAAGAACAAGAGUCAGAAGAUGCGAUGCGUGGCCAGAAGACCAAGACGCGCGCCAAGAGAAAGAAAGUACCACCAGAAAAUCUAGUCAUGGAGUGUGACUUUGAGGAUGAGAAUGCAUCUGGCCCUUUUCUGGAUAUGCCUUGGCUGCAGAAUGGGAUGGUUUGGAAAAAGACUCUGAGCGAAAGGAGCAGCUUGACCAACCAGAGGAUGGGCAGCCAUCCGAACCUGCAAAUGAAGAUCCUCCAGCAGGGCCAGAAUCUGCAAAUGACAAUGCAGAUGAAAAUGAUGCCGUGGGAGACUCUGAUGACGAUGGAGAAGAAGGAGGUGGUGAUCGAGCCAUGCUUCGUGACUUGGGCAUUCCUUUUGCCCGAAGACCUGGAGUCUAUGAGCAACGGUUUGUGA